UUCAACAGACUCUCCAGUACGGCGGUUGGGUUCUGGGUUUAUUGAGGUUCAUCAUCAUACAGCUCUCAUUUCCCGGCACAAUUUGCAUCUUCAAGUUCCAUAUUGGAAGUGUGAGCUUCUUCUUCUUCUCAUUUCUUGUGCAUUUUCCUUCAGAUUCCUUCUUCACAGUGCUUCACCAACCAUAGCAUUUAAACUUCCUUUCUCUUCUUCUUCAACUCUGUGUUUUCAGUUCCGGUGCUUGGCGUUUCAAUGUCUUCGAAUUUUGAAAUGGCGAUUGAGUCGGGUGCUGGGUUGAGUUCUUUUGAUGAAGAUAACCUUGAGAGUCGGAGUAUAUCAGAGUUAGUUUCGUUUCUACGGACGGCAUUUAGGGCUAAAGAUUUCGAUAAAGUGGAGGAGGUUUUGGUUUCUAGAGAAGUUAAGAUGAGGAAGGAGAUUGAGAGCAAGAACAAAGAGUAUGAGUUGCUCCAAAGCAGAUAUGAGUUUCUGAGACUGGACAGUCUCACUCGUGAAUCCAAGGUCGAGCAAGACAAGGUUGACGUCGACCCUAAAGGAUUUGAGAAGUGGAAGGAAACUUAUGAGGAGUUGAAGGAGAAAGAGAGUGAGAUUCAACAGCUGAAGGAACUCAUUGUUAAAGUAAACGAGGAUAGAGAGAAGAAAAAAAGUGAUUUGGAGAAGUUUGAGGAAAUGCUUGAAUUGGUUAAGAAAACUCAGGAGGAUGAUAGAUUGGCCAUAGAGAAGCUUAACCACAAGAAUUCAGAAUUACAAUCAGCAAUUGAAGUGGUAAAGAAAGAAAAGCAAGACUAUGAGAAGACUAUAGAGGAGCUUAGGUGCAAGAAUUUAAAACUAGAAUGUGCAAUGGAGGAGCUCAACUUCAAGAAAUCAGAAUUAGAAAGUGCAUUAGUACUAGUCAAGAAAACAGAGGAAGAUAACCGAAAAAACAUAGAGGACCUCAAAUGCAAGAAUUCAGAAUUGGAAUGUGCAAAGAGGGAAGUUGAACAUAAUUACGAGCUAUGUCGAAGGAAAUUCGAGGAACUCGUGCGCCGAAUCUCACAGUUGGAUAAUGCAAGCACAGUUGUAGAAUAUGGGGAGCCCAUUGCUCCUAACAGAAACGACCCUUGCUUUGGUGGUUCCAGAAAAUUGAUUGGAAAGAGAGGAGCAGAAAAUGACAAACUCGAGAAUGGAACAGGUACUGGAGGAUGCGUUGUUGAGAUAAUUAGUGAUGAUGACCAUGCUCCAGCGGAAAAUUUAUCUCGAUCACAAAGAAAUCAAACGAGAAAACGAGGUUCAUUGUUAAAUGAUUGUGAAGAUUAUGAUGCUGAAAGGGAGGAUGGUGAGAUGACCAUUUGGCCCAGUGUAAGCAAGGGUAAGGAGUCAUUGAAGAAAGUAGGGGCAAUGUUUUCAACACCUCCACAUGGUCGUGCAGACAAACAUGCCUUGAAAAUGCAUUUUUCUCCUCGUACUGAUGAUUGCAAGAACGUCACGACUUCUUCAAGGGCUGCUGCAGUCAUGUUGAGGCAAUGUGCAGAGAAAGUUGGGGAACAAUGUAGAUCACUUGAUUCUAAGUUCAAGUAUGCUACAUUUCGCAUGGACUAUUUCAAUGAUGAAUGUUUCAUUUCCUCAGAUUCUAAUGGUGAUAUCCAAAAUAGAUAUGGCUCAAGUCAUCUUAAGUCAGAUCAAGGGAAGAAAUGUAACAAAAAAUGGGAAUUGGAAGCUGAAAUGCGUGCUGCAUUUGCUGAAAAUGAUAUGCUUUGCAUGGAGGCUGUUUGUAUUCUCUAUAGACAGGCAAGUUUAAUUGGAAAGCCAUACAGUCCAUAUUUGCCUUCCAGACAUAGAGGAUUUAAUGAGGCUGAUUUGCUCAGGGGUUCCACAUUGGCAUUGUUUCUAACCAACGGAGAUCCAAAUGGGAGAUUGAAGAAAUCUGUGAUGGAACUGGAGAAAUUUGACAUAAGUGGUCUUAUUGACUGCAGAAGAAUCGCCAUCCAGCAUUUGAAGCAAUUAUUUGAAAUAUAUAAGAACAACGAAGAUCAAUUCAUUUUUCAUUAAAAAGAGGACAGGUUUGAUGCAAAGAUAGAUCUAAUGCUGAAGUCUGAUUGUUGAUGCAUUUCGCUUCUUCCUCUUCCCUGCUAAUUAUCAAUGUAAGAUCUUUUGUCUAUCCCUUUACUGUAGAUAAUUACAUCUCUUGGUGAACACUACUGACUCAGAUAGAGAUGUAGACAUCAAUAGGGUACAUAAAGAAUUCAAGAACUUCCAUUACAAUUGUUGUUGCAUGUGGUUGAGGCCAAUACGAUUACCAUCAAAUUAGUUUGUUAGAACUUAGAAUUUAGAACUAGUUUUCUUCUUUUGAA